AUGAGCCAGCCCAGGCCCCGCUACGUGGUGGACAGAGCUGCAUACUCUCUCGCCCUCUUCGAUCAUGAGUUCGAGAAGAAGGACCGGAAGUACCCACUGGGAGAGAAACUUCGCUACGCUUUCAGAUGUUCCCCGGCCAAGAUCAAAACCGUGGUGUUUGGGCUGCUCCCUGUGCGCCCUGAGCCUUCACUCUCUCGUCCUCUAGGCAUGGCGUUUGCUCUCCUAGCCAACCUUCCUGCAGUCAACGGUCUCUACUCCUCCUUCUUCCCCCUCCUGACCUACUUCUUCCUGGGGGGCAUACACCAGAUGGUGCCAGGUACCUUUGCUGUUAUCAGUAUCCUGGUGGGUAACAUCUGUCUGCAGCUGGCCCCAGAGUCAAAAUUCCGGGUCUUCAACAAUGCUACCAACCAGACCUACGUGGACACUGCGGCCAUGGAGGCCGAGAGGCUGCAUGUGUCAGCAACGCUGGCCUGCCUGACUGCCAUCAUCCAGAUGGGCCUGGGCUUCGUGCAGUUUGGCUUUGUGGCCAUCUACCUCUCCGAGUCCUUCAUCCGGGGCUUCAUGACGGCUGCCGGCCUGCAGAUCCUGAUCUCGGUGCUCAAGUACAUCUUUGGACUGACCAUCCCGUCCUACACAGGCCCAGGCUCCAUCGUCUUUACCUUCAUUGACAUUUGCAAAAACCUCCCCCACACCAACAUCGCCUCGCUCAUCUUCGCCCUCAUUAGUGGUGCCUUCCUGGUGCUGGUGAAGGAGCUCAACGCUCGCUACAUGCACAAGAUCCGCUUCCCCAUCCCUACAGAGAUGAUUGUGGUGGUGGUGGCCACAGCUAUCUCCGGGGGCUGUAAGAUGCCCCAAAAGUAUCACAUGCAGAUCGUGGGGGAGAUCCAACAUGGGUUCCCUACUCCUGUGUUGCCUGUGGUUUCACAGUGGAAGGACAUGGUUGGAACAGCCUUCUCCCUGGCCAUCGUGGGCUACGUCAUCAACCUGGCUAUGGGUCGGACCCUGGCUAGCAAGCACGGCUAUGACGUGGAUUCUAACCAGGAGAUGAUUGCCCUGGGCUGCAGCAACUUCUUUGGCUCCUUCUUUAAAAUCCACGUCAUUUGCUGUGCUCUCUCCGUCACUCUGGCUGUGGAUGGAGCUGGAGGAAAAUCCCAGGUGGCAAGCCUGUGUGUGUCUCUGGUGGUGAUGAUCACCAUGCUGGUCCUGGGGUCCUAUCUGUACCCUCUCCCCAAGGCUGUGCUGGGAGCCCUGAUAGCUGUCAACCUCAAGAACUCCCUCAAGCAACUCGCCGACCCCUACUACCUGUGGAGGAAAAGCAAGCUAGACUGUUGUGUCUGGGUGGUGAGCUUCCUCUCCUCCUUCUUCUUGAGCCUGCCUUACGGUGUGGCAGUGGGUGUCGCCUUCUCCGUCCUGGUUGUGGUCUUCCAGACCCAGUUUCGAAAUGGCUAUGCUUUGGCCCAGGUCAUGGACAUGGACAUUUAUGUGAAUCCCAAGACCUACAAUCGGGUCCAGGAAAUCCAGGGGAUUAAGAUCGUCACUUACUGCUCUCCUCUCUACUUUGCCAACUCAGAGAUCUUCAGGCAAAAAGUCAUUGCCAAGGUAAGUCUCAAUCCNCAGAAAGUAUUGCUGGCCAAGCAAAAACACCUCAAGAAGCAGGAGAGGGCGAGAGCGAUGCCCACACAGCAGAGGAAGUCUCUAUUUAUGAAAACCAAGACUGUCUCCCUGCAGGAACUCCAGCAGGACUUUGAGAACCCCGCCCCGACUGACCCCAACAACAACCAGACGCCUGCGAAUGGCGGCGGCGGCAGCGGCGGCGCAGAGGCCAUCCCGCCGGCCCCCGCCGAGACCCCCAGCGAGCCCAUUGACAUGCUGGCCAGCGUCCCGCCCUUCGUCACCUUCCACACCCUCAUCCUCGACAUGAGUGGGGUCAGCUUUGUGGACUUAAUGGGCAUCAAAGCCUUGGCCAAGCUGAGCUCCACCUAUGGGAAGAUCGGUGUGAAGGUCUUCUUGGUGAACAUUCAUGUUGCCCAGGCAAAUGCCAGAGAAGUGGCCCCAGGACGUGACUUCCAAGGGGCUCCAGUGGACCCAGAGAUCUCCUUAUAUGAUUCGGAAGAGGAGAGCCCCAGCUACUGGGACUUAGAGCAGGAGAUGUUCGGGAGCAUGUUUCACGCAGAAACUCUGACCGCCCUGUGAGGCCCAGCAGUUCCCAGGCUGCCUCCAGAGCGCAUGGCACCUGGGACUUCGUGAAGGAUGAGCCUGGGAUCACAGCAGAUGGCAGGGAGAGGACAGCACCUCCACCAGGACGUUGGCUCCUCUCUCUUCUCCUCCUCCUCCUCUCUCGUCACCCUGCCUCCCUCCUGGCAUCUCUAGAGUGAGCCAGUCUCAAAAGCAGGGAAAGCUUCUGCGAACCCUCGUGAUGCUGGCCAGCAAGCAUCCCGUUUGCUCUCCAUGGCGGCUGACCAGAGGCCCUGACUGCUGGACGUGAAGCAUGAACCAAGAACAGAAGGGAAAGUGUGGAUGCUGACCUGGAGUGAAAGCUUCAGAGGUGUCCUUGGGCAUGCAUGGCUUGGUGUCACAUGGUGUCACCAAGCUGUCACAAGACACAGGAACAAAGUUGCUUAGGACUCUGUCACUUGCCCCUUCCAGCUGCCCCAACUCUGUUCCCGGUAGCUCUGCUCCUCUGGGACCCUGUACUCCCCACAACCCAGGAAUCUCUGUCUUGGUGAUUGUACAGCCUCCUCCUCACCUCCAGGCUGCUGGGACCUCCAUGCUAUUCAACACAUCAGACUCAGCCUGGGGAGUAGCCAGGGCCCUCAAGGCCAGCAGAACUACCUCCCCAGGAGCAGUUCACCAAGGUUGCUGCCCCAGCUUCCUGAAACAUUACCAUUCCCCCUGCCCUCAGGGUUGCUUCCUUCCACUUGAUAGUAGGAACCCAAAAGGAAGAGGAGGAGGAGAGCUGGCAGAAUCCUCUGGCAACCUAGCAAUAGGUACCAGUUAUUCUGCACAAAAGCUUGUAGGGUUCCCUCUUUGUACCAGAGAUGGGGGUGGGGUGCUAGUGCCAACUGAGGGCAAACUAGUGGGACCUGAGUGAGCCUUGACCGUCCUCCCUGACCUGACAGCCCAUCAGGGAAAUGCCUCCUCCACUUGGGAACUCUGACUUCUCCUUCUUCACUUGGCAAGAGCCAAUGACUUUAACUCUUCCUUAUCAACUUGGGGCCUGAAUCCUUCAGCCAAGCAAGGGAGAAUGCCCCCCAAAGACCAGCUACACCCCCACCUAGGCACAGAACAUGGAGAAGGGCUGACCCAGAUUGGGUCUUCCUCCACAGGGAUUCCUUAACAAACUCAGGACCUGAAGCCACCUCCUUCUAGGAAAGAUGAGAAGAGGGGUUAAGUUCUCUAGGAACAUAAGGAGGUAACUGGAGGAACCCACUGUGACUUGAAAAUAAAUAGGUUUCGUGAGCAAGUGUUUGGGGAAAUUUCCAUGGAUGUGCACACAAAAAAACACUUUUGGCCUCUCCCCACUGCUUCUCCCAAGCUCCUUCAACUUAAUGACCCCUGCCCAACAGGUUGGGCUGGCCCAGCCUAGAAAAAUGUACCAAUUCCUAACUUCAGCCUGACCUGCAUUGUGUGUGUGUAUGUUGAGUGAGCCAGUCAGCUAGCAAGUCUUCUUAGAGUUAAAGGAGUGGGCACUGACAAAGAGCCAACAGAUUCUUGGCCUACAAGCAUUGCUUCUGUGUGAAUUAUUAUGCCAUCUGGCUGCCAAUGGAACUCAAAACUUGGAAGGCAGAAGACAAUGUUAUCUGGGAUUCACCAUGCCCAGCACUCAAAGUGCCAAAUUCCAGGAAGACAAGACCUUAGCCAAUGACAACUCACCCUCCCCUACUCCACCUCCUUCAGAGUCUAGCUUAGGCCUAGGAGGUGGAAAAAGAUCACAGAGUCUCAGGACAUCCAAGUCAAGAGAUCCCCUUUGAACCAAAUGUUUCUAUCCUUGGGGACUUGAUUAAGUCGCCAUUAACCACCAGGCCAGCCCCAGACUUAAUGGGGAUUACUGACUCAUGAUGGCCUGGAGUUGGAGCUCAUGGAGGGAUUCCACAACAUGUUCCAUUGGAAUUGGAAACACAGGGGGGUGGAGAAAGAUAUUAUAGAAAACUUCAUUUUUAGAAUACUUUGGAAAGAACACAAAUUCACAUAGACCACUCCCUGGAAAUGAUCGAAGCAGGAAAGGAGGGCAAGGUGGUGAAAUGAUCCAGAAUUUCAAUUCUUAGUGAUACAGACCUGUGAUGUUGUGGUUCCUGGGAAAGCCAGGAUUCUUGAGACAUUUGUGUAAUUUAUUUAAUUUAAAUGCCUUUCUCCUUUUGUUCAUUUUGGUAAUAAAGUGC